AUGUCUCAUGUCGUACAGUUUAGUUCUUGUAAUACUGCACAGUUGUACUUGAUUUUUUUAGUUUAUCUUAAUAAAUUGUUAAUUAAUAAUCCUCGAACAGUUGGUACACUAUUCCGACCAACUAAAAUACUAAAUAUUAAAGAAACAAAUAGAUAAAUAACCAACUAUUCCGAAAAAUGAACAGAUUGGGGAAUUGUAUGAUGUGCACGGAAGAGACGGCAAAGUACCGCUGCCCCCAGUGUGACCUCGUCUCUUGCAGUUUGAUCUGUAGCACCAACCACAAGAAAACGUUCGAAUGCUCCGGAAUCCGAAACAAGACCACCUUUGUGCCUGUCAAUGAAAUGACCGAACUUGAUCUCCUCAGUGAUUAUCGUUUGCUAGAGGAGUUAUCCCGAGUCGCGGAUUCUUGUUCGAGGGACACGACUCGACGAAAUACAAGAAAGUCUGCGCCCUUGCCUACUCAUCUACAAAAACUUCGCAAAGCUGUUUCCCAAAGAAAUUCUCGAAUUUAUUUCCUUCCCAAAAACUUUGCAAGGCAUAAAGAGAACACCACCAUGUUUGACUGGAAGACAAAGAAAAUCAAUUGGAGACUGAAACUCGUGUUUCUUCACGCUCAAAAGUUUACAUUUCCUAUUACAAGAUGUCCUGAAGACUUGGCACUAGAGGAUGUGAUCGACAAGUGCUUGGCUGAAGCUUUUUCGCGUAAAAAGGAAUUGAGAAAACAUUUUGAGGCGUACCAAUGCGCCAGAUCGGAUAUCGAAAUUCUUUUUCAAGCAGAAAAGGUUCCUGGCGCUCAACGAAAAAUGUAUCUCCUGGACAAAACACAGACAUUGAAAACGAAUUUAGAAGGGAAGAAAAUUGUCGAGUUUCCAGUUUUGUACAUUGUCAUUAAAGGAUUCUAUGCUGGAGAAAGUCUUGCGGAUAUUAUGAAAGUGGAAACUAAAUCGACUAAAUCAAAAGCAGGGAGUCUCCUCAUGUCUCGUUACUCAUUCGACGAAACUGGAAAGGACAUGGCGAUAUCAUCCGACGAUGAUGCUGACGAGGAUGAACCUUCAAAAGUUAUGGAUAUUUCUAACGUUAGCGACGAGGAUGAAGUGUUAGACGAAGCCUUUGACUACUUGAGCGGUGGGACACUAAGAGAUGUACUCAGUUCUUUGUAUAAACAGACCGAGCUUAACGGUUGAGCUUAAGGUCAGACUCAACACAAUACUAAAUAUAAAUAUGUAUUUCUCAAUAUGUACAAAUGUGUUUUAACUGAUUGAGAGUACAAUAUUACAUUUGUUCACCAUUACCCAGUAA